AUGGACACCGAGAGUGCGGACGCCCAAGAUGCGCGCGUGGAUGCGCUGUGGGCGACGCUGGAUACAAGGAAACGGGGCAAGGUGGAUAUGGCGGGUUUGAAAAGGGGGUUGCGGAAAUUAGAUCACCCCUUGAAGAACGCCGACCAUCUACUGUCAGAUGUGAUGACCGCCGUCGACACCGAUGGGGAUGGGUGCAUACAAUACAACGAGUUCCGCAGUUUUGUACAGAAGACCGAAAAGGAGCUACUCGUUCUUUUCAAGAGCAUCGAUCGUAAUGGUGAUGGCAAGAUCUCAAAAGACGAGCUUAGACUCGCAUUCAGACAGGCCGGGCUUGCUGUGCCCAAUUCCAAGUUGGACAACUUCUUCCUCGGAGUCGAUACCAAUCAUGAUGGAGUUAUCACUUUUGACGAAUGGCGGGAUUUUCUGCUUUUCAUCCCAGUCACAGCCCCGACCCUUCGGGCCGUUCUAUCAUACUUUUCCGCAACGGUGAAGAUGAAUCUGGAGGGUGACGUGAUCGUGAGCGACGACACAAUCCAAGGAUUAGGUAUAGCAGAAAAGUUUCUUCGCGUCUUCUUCGGUUCCAUUUUUCUCGUGGCAGGUUCACGACCCCAGCAUCCCAUUUCCCCUACUUUCAUGGCAUCCUUCGAUAUGUCUGAGGUGGCUGCAUCUCCUGCAGCCUCGCUGUCCUCAGUUUCCAAAGCCCUCCCGCCACGCCCUACCGAUCUCCGUUCAGCCCCUGAAAUCCUCAUCCUGGAGGCGCAGGAUUCGCUCUGGGAUAGCUUCAAAUCCGUGCUGAUUGCUUGUGUCCCGAAUCCAGGCUAUUUCGUGGCGGGAGGUGUAGCCGGAAUCGUAUCUCGCACCUCAACCGCCCCUCUCGACCGCCUCAAAGUCUACCUCAUCGCCCAAACCGACGUCGCUCAGGAAGCUGUUGCCGCAGCGAGGUCUGGAAACAUUUACCGAGCCAUCAUCAAUUCCUGGAGACCAUUAGCUGCCGCGACGAAGGAGCUAUGGAAGGCCGGUGGUGUGCGCAGUCUCUAUGCUGGAAAUGGCUUGAACGUGAUAAAGGUCAUGCCGGAAUCCGCCAUCAAGUUCGGUUCUUACGAAGCUGCGAAACGGCUGUUCGCUAAACUCGAAGGCCAUAAUGACCCCACCCGCAUUGAAUCAUGGUCAAAGUUUGUUUCGGGCGGUAUUGGAGGCAUGAUCUCCCAGUUUGCUGUCUAUCCCAUUGACACGCUCAAAUUUCGCAUGCAAUGCGAGCUGGUCUCCGGUGGUCUGCACGGCAACCGUCUUAUCGUAGCGACAGCGAAGAAGAUGUGGACCACCGGAGGUAUUGUUGCGUAUUACCGAGGACUACCCAUGGGUCUCUUCGGCAUCUUUCCGUACGCUGCACUCGAUCUCGGGACCUUUGAAUAUCUCAAGCGCGCCAUCACGGUGAGGAGUGCAAAGAAGCUUGGCUGCCAUGAAGAGGAUGCACAGCCCGGGGGCUUUCUGACUGCAGCCAUAGGCGGAUUAUCGGGCGCUAUAGGAGCCAGUGCCGUGUAUCCCCUCAAUCUUCUUCGGACUCGUCUCCAAAGUCAGGGCACCAUCCUCCAUCCGCGAACCUACACUGGAAUCAUGGACGUUACGCGGCAAACGAUACGAGGCGAGGGCAUAAGAGGGCUCUACAAGGGCCUGACGCCCAACCUCUUGAAGGUCGUCCCGGCUGUGUCUAUCACGUAUGUUGUCUACGACAAAUCGAAGAAGGUCAUUGGCAUUCCUUGA